GUAAAAGUCAAAGUCGUAAAAGCAGUGUGAUGUGAUUUUAGAAAUAAAAUUUCGUUUUUGUCUACCUUUUAAAUAAUUCCAGUGUAAUUUGUCGCAGUUAUCAUGAAAAUAUGAACGGCCGUUAUUUAGUCAACGUCAAGUGGAAAUGCUGUUAAAAAUAUUCGUUUGUUAUUUUUCGUGUUCCUGACCUGGCCCAAGUUGAUGUCCAUGUUUUAUUGCAACAAAAAUAAUACGCACACUUGUGUUUAAAUUUCAGUUAAUUUAAGUGAUAUUAAGAUGAUUUUAUCGACAAGAAACUUACUUCAUGGCUUCCUUUGGUUUUGCAUUUUCUUCGUUUGCCAAAAAGGACUUUCAGUCGUCGAAACCGCAAUAAUACACAAUGCAACAUCUGCAACACGUUGCGAGUCCUAUAACAGCACAUGCAAUAAAAAAGGUGCUUGCCCGGCAGAAGAAGAAUGCCCAGUAGACGACCAGAAGUACCAUUGCUAUGUUCUCUGGUCUGUCGGCCCAAAUGGGACAUUUAAUGUAUCUUUAAAGGGUUGUUUUUUGAAUGGAGAAUGCUUCGACCAAAAACGAUGCGUGGAAACUUCGCCUGUGCCAAAAAGUAAUCUACUCUUUUGUUGCUGCAACGGUAACAUGUGCAAUAGGGAGUUCUUGUGGGAACCGGGUCCCAUCGAAGCUGCACCGCCUAGUACAGUAGCCCCGGUCCAGGAAGCCACUAACAACAACAUAUACUACUAUAUUUCGGUCGUUGUCUUCGCUACUAUGAUAGUUGGUUCCGUAUGUGUAUACUAUUGGAGGAAGAAGAACAAACACUACUUCAACGGGUGGGGUGUAAGUGGCUAUUAUCUUUUUAAGAUUCCCACUUCCGAGCCGAACCCACUACCCCCAUCCACUCCCUUGAUGGACAACAGGCCGAUCACACUGAUAGAAAUCAAAGCCAGAGGGCGUUUCGGGGCCGUGUGGAAGGCCCAAUUCAAAGGCGAAGAAAUAGCCGUUAAAAUAUUUCCCAUCCAGGACAAGCAGUCUUGGAUUACGGAACAAGACAUCUUCAAGCUACCCCACAUGGCGCACCCUAACAUAUUGCAAUACAUCGGGGUGGAGAAAAGGGGCGACAAUUUACAAGCCGAAUUUUGGCUGAUCACUGCCUAUCACGAGAAGGGUUCGUUGUGCGAUUUUCUCAAGGCUCACACUCUCACUUGGAACGAAUUAUGCAGAGUAUCCGAAACGAUGUCUAAAGGUUUGAUGGUUCUUCACGAAGCCAUCCCAGGCGAGCCAUCGAAACCGGCCAUCGCCCACAGAGAUUUCAAAAGCAAGAACGUCCUGCUCAAGAGCGAUCUAUCGGCCUGCAUCGCAGACUUCGGCUUGGCGAUCACCUUCGAAUCGGGCAAAUCCUGCGGAGACACCCACGGACAAGUCGGCACGCGAAGGUACAUGGCCCCCGAAGUCCUCGAAGGCGCCAUCAACUUCACGCAGGACGCCUUCCUGCGGAUCGACAUGUACGCCUGCGGGCUCGUCCUGUGGGAGCUCGUGUCGCGGUGCACGGCCCAGGACGGGCCCGUUCCGGAGUACAGGCUGCCCUUCGAAGAGGAGGUCGGCCAGCAUCCUUCGCUCGAGGACAUGCAGGAGUCCGUGGUGCAGCAGAAAGUCAGGCCGUUGAUACAGGAACAUUGGAGGCAUCAUCCGGGCCUCGCGGUGCUUUGCGAUACGAUUGAAGAAUGUUGGGAUCACGACGCAGAGGCCAGGCUGUCGGCGUCCUGUGUCAUGGAGCGGAUCAAUUCGCAGUCGAAGUACCAACAGCAGAUGUUGGGUUGGAGGAUAGAGCCGAGCGCGCCGCCGUUGAACGUUUUUAAGGAGAACAGCAUGUAGGAGAUGGGUAGAUUCGGAUUUCGGACGGACCGUACCUGCAUAACUUAAAGUACCUGCGUACGCAGCUUUGUUACCACACUCGCCUGUAUUUUUAUCGAUUCGCGAACUAUCGGAAAUUGUCGAUUUUGGCGAAAUCGAUGCGGUAAAGCGUGUUUCUUUUAUGAUUUGUUUUCUAUAACUGAUGUGCCAAUAGAAACGAUUUCCUUUUUAUACCGAGAUUUUUAUAUGUAACAGACUUAUGAAUACUUGUAAAUGUUGAGUUAAAAAAAAACUUGUGUGGUGACAUUUGAGAGUUUUAGAAAUUUCGACAUGUAAACUCGAUGUGUGAAAUCUUAAUACUAGAUGUAUGUAUAAAAGUAUUUUUUAUAUUUGGUUCGAUUGUGGACGAUUUGUGUUAUUUUUGCGAAAGGUAUCGCUGUCACGUAGAGUAUUUUUAUAUUAGUUAUGUUGUUAUAUCUUAAAUUGGCUAGGACUUUUGCUAUCCCUCUCGAACUCUAUACACUGAUUCUAUAGUUUUUAAUAGUAAUAAAUUAGUAAGUAUAAGUGUUAGAUUGAAGCUAUCGAUACUUUUCGCAAAAAGGGGCUUUCAUCAUUUUGAUUUAAUUUUAACAUUGUACAGUUCGCGUUCCAUAUUUAGUAAAAAACGAAGUGACAAAAAGGUAGAGUAGGAAGUGAAAUAAUCGUUAAUAUCAGCAAUAUCUACAUUUUGGUAAAUGUGCUGAUAACUUGGUUUUUGAAAUAACACGAUAUCAAUGCUGAAAAUUUUGAUUCUUUAUAAAAGAAUCUAUCUCUAUUAUAGAGUUAUAUUAUUGACGAAAACUGGGUGUUCCAAGGAUUUGAUGUUUAAUAAAGUAAAGUUAAAUUUAAUCCUCGAAAUAUCCCCUUUAAUGUUUACGUAGACGUAACAAAGACCCCUUAGGGGUAAAUGUUUGUGCCAUAGAGAAAAAAAAAGUAUCUAUUUUGUGCACUUUUAAUGACCUUUUUCUUGUCGACGUUACAUUUGUGCAAUUGAGUGUUAAGUUUGGAGUAACUUGAAAUGAACAUAAGAAACGAUUAUAUAUUUUUAAUAACCAUAUCGGUCUGUUUAGAGAUUACCUUACACUAAAAGAGUAAAUUUGUACAGUUUUUCCCGAUUUGUUGAAACGUAAUUUCGGUGAUAUUUUUCGAUUCUUUGUAAAUAACCUUUCCGGAAUGUUUAUGUUUAAAUUUCAAAGGAAUUGUACGAUUUAAUGAUAAGUAUUACGCGUUGU